AUGAAGGUCGCUAGUCUAGUAUCAUCUGAGUGGUGCGACCGCCCUCGCACCUCAUACUCAUCGCAACCCAGCCCAGCUGCAAGUUUGUCGGGAUCAGUGCGCAAGUUCGAUGAGUAUCAAGAGAAACCCUCGCCCAUCACAACAGCCGCCACUUCAUACUUUUCUGCUAUGAAUGGUAGCGGAAGGACAUCCAUGCAAUUGCCUUUGUCGCCUCCGGCAGAUGACCAACGCAAAUGCUCACUUCCAUCUAUCUCGAGCCUGUUGGAAGGAAUGGAUUCUUCGUCAUCAUUAGACCGAGCAUCUUCGCUUUCCAUCUCCUCACUUGCUUCUCCUCGCGACAUCCCCAGUCCUUCACCCACCACAGCAUCUACCACAACGACAAUAACCACCCCGAAAUCAUACUACGCAGACGAGCAACCUUACAAUCGCACACACGCCAGCCACAGUUCCUCUGCUCCCGGAACUCCGUCUUCACAUAUCCCGCCUUCCUCGUCAAUGGUCAACGCAGGCUGGCAACACCACCAUUACUUCCCGCUUUCCACUGCUGCGGCAGCGGCAUAUCCGCAAAACCACGAGCGCUACGUGUGUCGCACAUGUCACAAGGCAUUCUCUCGCCCAUCUAGUUUACGAAUCCAUUCGCACAGUCAUACCGGCGAAAAGCCAUUCCGAUGCACCCAUGCCGGGUGCGGUAAGGCAUUCAGUGUGCGCAGCAAUAUGAAGCGUCAUGAGCGAGGCUGUCACAGUGGCCGACCACUGGCAGCAACAGCCCUCGUUUAA